GUGGUUAUUCAAAUACGAAUAUGCCUGGAGUGAUAGUUUAGCUGCCCAUGACCUCCUUAACAUUGUGCAAAUCAGUAGCUUAGAAUGCGCGCUAUCGAUGGUGAAAGUGUGCUCAUCGACGUCAUAGUGAUGCCUGCUUUAUAAUCUCUGUUGUCCAGUGCUAUAGGUCGAGAUGGUUGCGAAAAAAGCACACGCUGUUGGGAUCGGAGAGAUGCCGCUGCCGCUGCUUGUUUAGUUCUCAAUCGCAUUCCGGAUUAGGAAGUCGAGCUGGUUGGGUUUACCAAAUAAUACGGGUCAAUCGAUCGUUGAUUAUAUUAUACAAACUGCGUGUGUGCCCGGCGAAUCGGUCCAAUAUGUUCUCAAUCUCGGGAUACAUUCGACUGCCCUUAUUUACGCUGCUGGUUGGCAUCGUGAUCUGCGUGGUUCUGUUGGGCGACUGCGAGGCUAGGAGUGUUGGGGAUGCGUCCCAUGAAAACGCGAUUACAGAUGAGACGGCCGAUUACCUUCGAACCCAUGGCGCCAUGAUAAAGUCCUACAUGAACUUAAGCGUCGACCCGUGCGAUGACUUCUACGAGUAUGCGUGUGGCAACUGGAAGAACGUGAAGCCGCCGCGGCAAUCCACCAAUAAGCGAAGCCAUAUCCUUGACAUCGGCUACACGCUGACGGACGUGACGGAGCAGCUGCUGACCAGGACGCAAUUGGCGGAGGCACUGAACGUGUCCGCCGAGCUUCUCGUUGCACAACGCUUCUACAAUUCCUGCCUGGCGGCCGAGCUAUUUCCGCAGCCAGCUGCCGAUCCCGCUUAUCUAUCGCUUAUCAGGUCUAUGGGUGGGUUUCCCGCCGUCGAUAGAGACGCUUGGAAUGCCUCCAGCUUCAGUUGGUUCAACAUGAGCGCCCAUCUCACCAAAUACGGCGGCCGUGGUCUGAUCCAGGAGGAAAUUCUUCCGCAGCAUCCCUUCCCCCCGUACUUUAAACUUCCGGAGCUGGGCUUUGACCACGUCGUCCACACCACCCACAUGGCCAAUACGAGCUCGCGUGCCUACCAGCUCAACGAGAAACGCAUGCGCGGCUACCUAAAGGCCUACAAUCUCACCGAUGAUGAAAUCUCCGCCGUGAUCGAUGGCGUCUUUGCAUUUUGGAGCGAGGCGCUCAGUAUUGAGGAUAUGUUUGAAGGCGAUAAGGAUAAGUGUGAAUGGCUUAGUGAGGAGAAAGAGGUGCCACCAUUUGGCCAGUGGAGAAGCUACUAUGAGAUAGCCUGGAAUGGAAUUGACUUUCACAACGGCUCGUCUGGUGAAGUAUUCUGCGACUUUUACUAUGUGGAGCUGGAUAAAGUGUGCGCCAAGCAUACGAAGGCGGUGGCCAACUAUCUCGCCAUGCGACUCCUUUACCGCAUGGACGACAAGCUAAAGGAGCCCAAGGAGCCCAAGGACCAAAAGGAUAACUGUCUGAUGAUCGUUCAGUUUUCGCUGCCGUAUCUCUUCGACAGGCUCUACAUGGCGGAGCACUUCACCGAAGAGAAGCACUCCGAGAUCUCGGACAUAGUGAACGAAAUGCGAAAGGCCCAGCGACGGAUCCUCGAGAAUGUGGAGUGGUUGGACACGGAGACGCGGGCCGAGGCGCUGAGCAAGGAGGCCGGCAUCACGCCAGUGAUUGGCAGCUACAAAAACGAAGAGCUAUCCGAUACUCUAAUCCGAGAGAUCAAUAAUCUGACCAUUGUGGAAGGCAACUAUGCCCAGAGUUUGAUCAAUCUGCGAGUAUUGGGCACGUAUCUGCAACGGUACUAUGGUUUCCACGCAGAGAGCAUUCCCAAGGACGCAAAGCCGCUGACUUUGCUGGUCGGGAUGCAGGUGAACGCCUUCUACUACAACCUAGAUAAUUCGGUGUACGUGAUGGCGGGAAUCCUGCAUCCGCCAGCGUACCACCGCUCAUGGCCCAACUCUUUGAAGUUUGGCACCAUUGGCUACCUGAUAGGUCACGAGCUGACCCAUGGCUUCGAUACGGAUGGCUCCAAUUACGACAGCGAUAGUAAGAUACGCGACUGGUGGUCCACAAAGUCGGAGGCGGUGUUCAAGGAACGGGCUCAGUGCUAUGUGGAUCACUUCAACCAAUACCUGAUACCGGAAAUCAACCAAACGAUUCGUGGCAACGAAACGAGAAACGAGAACAUAGCGGACGCCGGUGGUUUGAGGGCUGCACUCGCUGCUUACCGUAGCCACAUGAAGCAGCUUCAAAGAAGUGGGGAGGAAAACGAAGCGUUGGCACCCAAGAACGAGCAGAUGCCCGGCCUUGACCUGUCGCCAGAGCAGCUCUUCUUCCUGGGAUUCGCGCAGCUUUGGUGUGCCGACUAUCAGCCGGAGCACUACUGGCAGGAGCUCACUGAUGAACACACUGUCGAUAAGUACCGCGUUCUAGGUGCCGUUUCGAACAACGACGAUUUUGCUGAGGUCUACAAGUGCCCCCUGGGCAGUCCCAUGCAUUCAAAGGCAGAGAGCUGUCGGAUCUGGUAGCCAUAUGACACAUAUCAAGAAAACUAUUUAAAAUACUCUUGAUG